GGAAAACGGGUGAGAAAACACACUGUCUCCGCUCCUUCUUUGGCUCCACUCGCAGCUCCCAUCGAUUGUCGGGGAUGUGACCCCGGAACAGUACGCUUCCUUAGAAACAACUUAACAUUUAAAUAACGCAGAAACAAGGGAAAAAUCCUGGACCAGGAGAGUGGUGCGUCAGGACCAGGGGGGAUGAACCGGGAGGAGGCCCCUGGCAAGUCUCCUGAGGAGAUGUACAUUCAGCAGAAGGUGCGAGUGCUCCUCAUGUUGAAGAAGAUGGGAUCAAAUCUGACGCCGAGCGAGGAAGCGUUCCUGCGGAACUAUGCAGGCGUGGUGCACAGUCAGAUGAGCCAGCUGCCGCAGCAUAAUAUAGACCAGGGUGCGGAGGAUGUAGUGAUGGCCUUCUCCAGAUCAGAGACGGAGGACAGGAGGCAGUGACCUCUCAUCCCCCAGCAGCUCCUCGCUCCAUCUGACCUUGAGCCUGCUGAGUGGUGGAGAGAGAGAGCGAGAGAGAGAGACAGACUGAGAGGGAGACAGAUGGGAGAGGAGCAGGUCUGUCCUUCGCCCGUCGCUCUUCCUCAUUCCCUCCUCUUCCUCACACUAAGCGUCACUCCAGCGGCCGAGAUCCAGCGGCCCCGAGCCUUCAUCACAGCAGGCCGACACAUGAGUCAGACAGAGUGACCUUUUUAUUUUUAACGUUUUUGUUUUUUUUUUUUUUUUUUGCAUCAUGCUUCAGGCCAUAGUGUUUUGUAUGAAAGUGUGUGGGUCUGUGUCUGUGUGGGUGUGUGAAAGUGUGUGUGGCUGAAUGGACCAAGAGUUUCACUUGUCUGGUCAAACCAAGAGCAAAGCUGGGAUGAGUGGCGAUAAAGGGACUUAAAUGGGGUUGUUGUUUUCAGAGAUGUGUGUGUGUGUGUGUGUGUGUGUGUGUGUGUGUGUGUGUUUAACAUUCUACCAGAUUGUAAUCCUCACAUCAUAAUCUCAUCAUGUUAUUGUGCAAGAUGUUGAGGAUGCUACUGCACUACAUCAAAAAGGACAUGGUGUGUGUGUGUGUGCGUGUGUGAUCCACGUGUUGUUGUUUUUUUCCCCACAUACAGCUGUAUAAGACUCAUUUAGUAAUAUCUUUUGGAUUAAUGUGAAAUUUCCUAACUUUUUUUAUUGUAAGGACGACACAAAAAAUACUAGUGAGCAAAUUGUGCCAACUGUCUUUUAUUGUAGAAUAAUUUUUUAACGUAUCUAAUGAAUGUCUCUGGUCCUUAUUUAUUUUAUUUUUUUCCACAUGGUAAUCUUAAAACCGAACGUGAUCAGUAACCCCUUUAAAGAUUUUUAGCAAUUUGCAACAACACUAUCGGAUCAGUGUACUCUCUUCACAUAAUCGAUUAUUUCAGGGUUUUUAGCUUCUUAAAGGGGUUUUGCUUGGAACUUUUCUGAUGAGGAAACACUCUGUUGGAGAACCUUUAACCUCCUCCAUAGGGAUAACUGACAAUCCUGAAGAAAAUACAGGGUGUACCACACGUCCCAAACGAACGUUGUUUAAUAUGUCCCCCGUUUUUCUCAGAUACACACAUUGCUUUGAGUAGAAUUAUUUGCUGGAAUUACAGGCAGCAUUGUGGCUUAGUGGUUAGCACUCAGUGUUUUGCCUCACACCUCCAGGGUCGAGGGUUCGAUUUCCGCUGCUGCCCUAUGUGUGUGGAGUUUGCAUGUUCUCCCCAUUUCCUCCGGGUACUCUGAUUUCCUCCCCCAGUCCAAAGACAUGUGUUGUAUGCUGAUUGGCAUUUCCAAAUUGUCCGUAGUGUGUGUGUGAUUGUACCUCGCUAUGGGCUGCCCCCCCAUCCAGAGCGUCCCCCGCCUUGUGUCCUGAGUCCCCUGUGAUAGGCUCCAGAUUCCCCACGACCCAGUGUAGGAUAAGCAGUACAACAAAUGGAGGGAUACUGGACUUAUUGGACACCCUGUAGAUUUCUCCUUUUUAUCUAGGAGUGUACAUUUCAUAACCAGUUAUUUCUCAUCCUUUUCUAAUGUCUUAGAGUAAAAAGGGAAUCUUUCUAACACACUUUCAAAGUCUCCAGCGUUUUUUUUUUUUUUUUACUUCUCCAUCGAAAUGAAUUCCAAUGUAACGUUUUGAUUGUUCUCAUUUAUUGACCUUUUUAAAUAAGAUUUCUGACUUCAUCAGUAUUUAAUGUGUAUACAGGUAUAAAAAAAGAAAAGAAAGAAUUUGUUUGAAAAACUCGCGUGAUUGUAACUUGGUGUUUUGAAACGACGCAUGCUUACCUUGCGAUUUAAUGGUGUACAUUCACUUAGAACUCAAAGUCCACAAUGAACAUUACUGAAUAUUUUUGAUAUUUGUGGAAGCUAGUCCUUUUCUUUUAAACACGUCAUGUUCCGUAUCCUGUUGGCAAUAAGUCCUUAACCGAAUCUCCUGAGUUUACAUCUCCAGCUCACAUACUUUUAUUUUCUUCUGUAACUGUAUCACCAGUGAUGAGGAUUCUUUAUAAUUGUGUUUACUGUUUUCUAUGCAUUUUUGUUCUUUAAGGAUAAAAGCUUUUGAAGUGCACGUAGAACGCACGGAUCUAUAACGAACCUUGGUUCUCUUGAUUAAGUUAAAGCCCCUAUAGAGAUGUCUCUUGGGUUGAGAUUUUCAAAUGUUCUUAAUUUGACGUUUUACCGCCGUCAUGUCAAACCAGUUUUGCCUUUGUUUCUGCCUUUUUGUUUGUUUGUUUGUUUCACGUUAUAAAAGUCGUUUGUGAUGGUUGAUUUGUGAUGGCUAUAUUAUUGUCAUUUAAGUUUGAACCGUUUUUUUUUCUUUCUAUAUGGCUGCUUCCAUGUCCUUCGACUUUAAUGCUUCCAAAAGCUGAUCCAUUAAAGGAGUUAAGGCUA